GGAAUAAAAAUAGUGUAUAAUAAUCUUUAUAGAGAUUAUAAAAGUUCCUGUGAAAAUGCAAUUAAGAUUAAAAUAUUUAGUUUACAAGCAAUUGAACAAAAAUUUAUACGGUUCAAUUCAAAUGAUGGAUUUAUUAAAAAUUAUCGUCCAACUCUUGAAGCAUUUGUUCAUUUUACUCAUGAAGAAACUGGUGGAUAUUUAAUUAUUACUGAUCUUCAAGGAAUUGAAUUAAAAGAUAAGUUUAUCUUAACUGAUCCGGCAAUUCAUUGUACUGAUUUUUUAAGAUUCGGAAGAACAAAUCUCGGUAUUGAAGGGAUUAAUAGAUGUUUAUUAACUAAACAUAAAUGUAAUGGUAAGAAGUUAGGCCUUCCUUAUCUUGGGUGA